AAUCUUCGUUAGAGAGAGCAUCAAUUGAUGCCAUCAACGGGGAUGAUUCUGAUUUAGAUAUUGAUGUGGGUAAUGAGGAUUCUGAUGAUGAUCCAACAUUCAAUCCUGAAGCUGAAGGUAAUAAAGACGAAAAGUAUGACAGCUCAGAUGAAGAUAAACGCAGUGAAGAUAUCGGUGAGGCUUCUACCCAAAAUUAUAGCCAAUCUUCCCAAAAUCACUACUAG